AUGGAUGACCCUUCGCGUAUUCCACCUACUGCCUCAAAGAGACGACGUCGUGCAUUAACAAAUCCUGUUUGUGCCCGAGGUCGAGGUCGAGGUCGGGGUCGGGAUAGAGGUCGGGGUCAUGGUAUUGUGUUGGAGGAAGCACCUCAAAUCUUGGAAGAGGAUGUGGUUGAUAAUGCUUCAGGGGAUGAUGAUGAUGAUGCUACUGAUGUUGAUCAGGUUGAGGAGGUACUUACUGGUCUGUUUCCUAGGGGGCCGUCAGAUCCAUCAGUACUAAAGAGCUUCAAGGCACAUAUUGCAGCAACUACAUGGGAUCAGAAGGAGAGGAAUCCCUUAAGGAUUGUCAUUUCUGCAUUUGUUGAGCGAUGGCAACCAGAGACAAAUACUUUUCAUUUGAUAGUUGGUGAGAUGACAAUGACAUUCGAUGAUGUGGGUACCAUCUUGGGGAUCCCUAUCACAGGCAAAUCAGUUAGUGCUGCAACUUUGACAGAUCAACAGGCACAUACACUUGUGGUAGCUGCAUUGGGAGUUAAUGAUGCUGAAGCAAUUGAGGAGCUAUCAUCUGCUAGGGGACAAUCAAUAAAGCUGGAGUGGUUACGAACCAAAUUCAGUGGUUACAAAGAUUCAGACACUGAGGAGUCCAUAGUUUGUGCUGCCAGAGCGUAUUUGCUGUUUCUAUUGGGAUGUACAUUGUUCAGCGACAAGAGUGGGACGAGAGUUCCUGUUGUGUACUUGCAGUUGUUGAUGGAUAUGACUGAUAUUCAUACAUAUGCUUGGGGUGCAGUUGUAUUGGCAUAUUUUUAUAGACAGUUGGGAUUUGGCACGAGAUCAGAUGUUCGACAGAUGGCUGGUUACAUGACAUUGUUGGAGACUCCUCGUCGGGAAGCUGGUUCAACGGUAUCACACCUACAGGCGUUACAGGAGGAGCUUGACAAAUUGGCAUUUGAUGAGGUUACUUGGGAUCCAUAUCGAGAUUGUCGUAAACAUCACCCAUGUCAUGAGAUCACAUUCUACAGCGGCUGUUUGAAGUGUUUGGAUGUAGUUGAACCUUAUCAUCCUGAAAGGGUUCUUAGACAGUUUGGUAGGGUCCAGGCCAUCCCACCUGUGCCACUUGACCCUGUUCGUGCUGUUAGAGGUGUCACAGUAGGCCGAUAG